CCCGCCGCCUUCCUAAAACCCUGCGGCCCCUCCGAGAGGCGCGGAGCGAGGCACGGGGAGGGGGCGCGGGGUCUCCGCUCCCCCGCCCUGCGGCCGCCGCCCGGGAGCCGCUUCCAGACUCGCCCGGGCCCCACCGAGCGCGGCCGCAGCUCCGAGCACGCUCCCUCCCGGCGCGGUGGCCCGCGGGGGCCCCAGGCCGCGCGAACUGCAGUGGAUGCGGGGUGGGCGGAGGGCGAGGGGACUCGGGCGGCGGGAAUGAGAAAGAAGACACCAGAGGCAUGCAAGCGGCUCCCCAGCCAGCUGCCCCGGCUGCCGCUUCCUCCGGCGCGGGCCGGGCGGUGCAACAUCCCCCCCCUCCGUCUUCCCCACCACUACCUGUCCCCCCACCCACCACACGCACACAGUCCUCUCCCACCCCAGCGGCGGAUCUCCGGUCUGCAAGGGGGUAGCAGGGAGGAGCUGGGGGGAGGGGGAGGCCUGCGAGUUUCUAACCUUGUUCUUAUAAACAAACCCACAUGUGCAGCUGCCGCUGCUGCAACUCACCCCACAAUCCCGGAUAUAAGGCCUGUCCCUUUAAGAAGAAAAAAAAGCUUCCCCCGCCUGCCUCCCACCCCACCCAUCCACAAGGACCUUUGUCUCCCCGCCCGCCCCGCCCGGCGGCCCCGCCCCUCGUCCCCGCCCCCCUUCGGCUCCCUGGAACCAAUAGGCGAAGGAAAUAAGGCCGGGGGAUUGACGCCAUCGUGUCCGGCCAAUCACAGGGCGCGUUGGUGGGAGGCCUCCCGGAGGGCGCGCCCAGAGGCAGGAAGGCCGGAGAGGAAGCUUGAAGUUAACAUGGAGUCUGCUAGUUGCUCCGCCGGCGCCGUGGGCGACGGGGACAUGGGGUCCCAGCGGGACCUGAGCUCGGUGCCUGAGCGGCUCCACAGACGCGAGCAAGAGCGGCAGCUGGAGGUGGGAAGGCGGAAGCAAAAGCGGCAGGACCAGGAGGUGGAAGGGGAGAAGAGCGACUUCUUCGCCGCCGCCUUCGCUCGGGAGCGAGCGGCCGUGGAAGAGCUGCUGGAAGGCGGUGAGUCGGUCGAGCGGCUGGAGGAGGCGGCCUCACGGCUGCAGACGCUGCAGAAGCUUCUCAACGACUCGGUUUUGUUCUUAGCCGCCUACGACCUGCGGCAGGGGCAAGAAACCAUGGCGCGGCUGCAGGCGGCCCUGGCCGAGCGGCGCCAGGAGCUGCAGCCCAAGAAGCGUUUCGCUUUCCGGACCCGGAGGAAGGAGGAUGGCGGUGCUGCCGCCGCCGCCGCCGCCGCCGCCACGGCAGACGCGGCCCCUGCAGCCCCGGCGGCGUCCCCGCGGCCGCUGGCGGAGGAGGGGCCAGGCCUCGGCUCCAGCUGGGUCUGCGGCUUCUCCCACCUGGAGUCGCAAGUCUUGGAGAAGAGAGCCGAGGAGCUGCACCAGCGCGACGUCGUUUUGACCGAGCUGAACCACUGCACGGUCAGACUGUACGGCAAUCCCAACACGCUGCGGCUGACCAAGGCCCGCGGCUGCACGGUGCUCUGCGGCCCCGUGUCCACCUCGGUGUUCCUGGAGGACUGCAGCGACUGCCUGCUGGCCGUGGCCUGCCAGCAGCUGCGCGUCCACACCACGACGGACACCCGCGUCUUCCUGCAUGUGACCAGCAGGGCCAUCGUGGAGUACUGCCACGGGAUCCAGUUCGCCCCGUACACCUGGAGCUACGCGGGCAUCGACGCGGACUUCGAGAGUUCUGGGCUGGACCGGAACAGAAAUCACUGGAAUGACGUUGACGAUUUUAACUGGCUGGCCCGGGAUGUGGCCUCCCCAAACUGGAGUAUCCUUCCCGAAGGGGAGCGAAAAGUCCAGUGGGACUGAGCAGUCACCAAGCACUUCCUCCUGGGGCCCGCUGCCGCUGUCAUCUAUUUGCGGUGUUUAAGGGUUGAGGCUGUGACAGGCUCCGACGUGGCCAUCCCCAUUAAAUUAAAUUCUUGACAGAGCCAA